AUGGCUGUUUAUAACCAUGAUGUGGAGUUGGAUGAGUUUUUCUCUAUAAAUUUGCAUUCUCUUCUGAAGCUUUCACUUACGAAAGUUUGGAUAAAUGAUCAUGCGGUUAGGAAGCUUGUUGCUUCAUGUCCUUUAAUUGAUGAUAUAUCCCUGGAUCGCUGUUCGGGUUUCAAAAAUAUUGAUGCCGUUGGGGGGCUUCUUCAGCUCAAGAAGAUUCAAAUCUGCUUAUACUUGGAUCUAGUAGAUGGCGUUGAGAUCGAAUCAUGUCCGGAAAGUUCCCAUUUUUUGUUCAGUUUACGUUCUGAGCAGCAUAUCCUCAAAGUGGAUACCUGUCAAAGUCUCAAAAGUUUACACCCCUCUAGUUCUUUUGUGACGGACCUGUUAUUCCAACAUUUUGCCUCAAAGUUUCCAGUCCUUGAGAGUUUGACAAUUAGUGAGUGCCGGAAAUCGAAACAGAUGAAAAUUUCGCGCUGGAGCCUUGAGAGUUGGGAAAUCAGUUCUUGCAUAAAUAUAGUGGAUAUUGAGAUUGAUACUCCAAAUUUAUUUACAUGCAAUUAUCAUGGUUUUGCUGUCCUCCAUCAUGUCAAUGGCAACUUGAAUUUGACCUGCUUUACUCCGUCAACAUUCUUUGGUUCAUGA